AUGGGAAUAGCACAAAAAAUCGUAAAAAAGCAAAUUUAUGUUUGCGGUGAUCGUGCUAAUGGAUACAACUUUGGGGUUUUGACUUGCGAAUCUUGCAAAGCGUUCUUUCGUCGAAAUGCUGUAAGAGAAGAGGAAAUAACUUGCCCAUUCUCCAACAACUGUGGUAUCACUUCGGCAUCUCGCCGAUUCUGUCAGGCUUGCAGGCUUCGAAAAUGCUUUGCGGUUGGAAUGAACAGGACAUGGUUGCAAGAUCAAAGGCCUAGGACGCAUAAUAAGCGUAGACGUAGUACACGCGACGAGGAAAACUCAGAUGAGGAGGUCAGAGUGUCAAAAGCUUACCUAAAGGAACUGAUUAGGAAAUCAAGAAGGUUUGAGAGAUAA